AUGAGAAUCUCACUCCUCGCUUUGGCUGCCACAGCCAUCGCAGUCGCCUCGGCUGCCCCCGCCCCAGUCAAGCGCGCUGCCAAGUCCAACGUCGUCCUCGGAUACUGGGUCCCAUGGGGUGAUGUCCCAGUCGCGUCCCUCGACAUGACCAAGUACACCCACAUCAACUACGGUUUCGGUGUCACUGCCAAGCGCAACGCCUUGGCCACCGACAUCUUCUUUGACCGUUACUACGAUGGAAACAACAUCAAGGCUCUCGUCAAGCGCGGUAACGAGUAUGGUGUCCCAAUUCUGAUGUCCAUCGGAGGCUGGACCGGUUCUCAGACCCUUUCGACCAUUGCCGCCGAUGCCGGUCUCCGCAAGACCUUCAUCAACAACGCCUUGGUCUUUGUCCGCAACAACACCCUCCCCGAUUACGCCGACACCCCCGAUGGCUGGAACAUGCACGGUAUCGACCUCGACUGGGAGUACCCCGGCCGUCCCGGUGCCAUCUGCAACACCGUCUCGCCCAACGACUCUGCCAACUACCUCGUCCUCCUCCGCGAGCUCCGUGCCCAGCUCGACUUGGAGUUCCCCAACGACCGCAAGCUCUUGACCGCCGCUGUCCGCGUCCAGCCCUUCGAUGGCACCGACGGCAAGCCUCUGGCUGAUGUCUCUGCCUUCGCCACCUACUUUGACUGGGUCUCCAUCAUGGCCUACGAUAUCAUGGGCUCCUGGAGUGCUACCACAGGCCCCAACGCCCCCUUCAACAACGGACCCGUCGGCAAGGCCGAUCAGUAUUCGUUCACCCAGGGUAUUAAUGCCUGGAAGGACGGUGGCUUCCCUCUCUCCAAGAUUGUCGUCGGCACUGCCUUCUACGGUCGCUCGGUCACCACCACGGUCAACAUGAACACUCAGCCCGUCUCGAUGUACGUCAACAAGACCAACGUCACCCCCAAGGGUGGCCCAGCUGACCGCAACGACAUCAACUUCUUCUGCAACGAAGGAUCAGUCUACUCUGGCAUGUGGAAGUGGAAGGAGAUCCGUGGCAGCAUCUUGACCGGAGGCGUCACUACCCCCACCACCGGCUGGACCCGCUACUGGGACGAUGCCACCCAGACCCCCUGGUUGUACGGAACUGGUGCCAACACCUUCAUUUCCUACGAUGAUCCCCAGUCCUUGACCAUCAAGGUCAACUAUGCCAAGACCGCCGGUGUCCGUGGAGUCAUGCUCUGGGAUAUGUCGUACGAUUACAACAACGAGUUGAUCAACGUCCUCCAGAACAUCCACUGCACCUCCAACUGCCCCGUCGUCACCACCGUCCCUACCCCUACCGCCACCGCCACCACCACCACCAAGGCCCCCAUCACCACCACUACCACCACCACCUCCUCGGGUCCCGUCACCACCACUCCCUCCGGCAUCUGCGGCGGUGUUGCCGCCUGGAACAGCGCUACCGCCUACGCCACCACCACCAAGGUCACCUAUGCCGGCCACCUCUUCACCAACUCCUGGUGGACCCAGAACGAGACCCCUGAUGCCAGCAACACCUGGGGUGUCUGGAAGGAUGGCGGUGCGUGCUAA